AUGGUUUUACUCUCCUCAUGUUCUCUUCGCAAAUUUCGCAGGAACGAGGAUAUUGAAGGUCUCAUGACCAACCGCGCGAAUGGGAUGACACUAAUAGCGACCGUGAGCGCAAAACCGUACGUACCUACGAAGCCGGAAGGAAUGGGGCAAAGGGCCCAUUUGCUUUUCAAGCGACCGCCUCCCGAUGCCAGCAAGCCUGAAACGAACAGCCAAAGGGGGAAGAGCGGCGACGAUGAUGAGGAGAGAUGGCCCAAAUGGGAGAUCCUAGCCAACGCGGUGCAUCCGAGCUUGCAAGGUCGCGGUCUAGCCUCCGCACUGCUGGAACAGGUAAUAGGGGAGAUCAAAUCACGCGCGUCUUCCUCCACAUCAUCCACGCCUCCCGCACAGCAUCACCGGAAUAGCGUCAACGGCGACGGCGACCCAGAAACCGAAAACACUCGCGAAGAGGCUGUAGGGAAAGGCAAAGUCAUGCUGAUGCUCUCAACGAUGCUCGAGAUCAACGAAUCGUACUAUCUCAAACGUGGGUUCGUAACUACGGCAGUAAGGAGAUUUGAACCGGGGACGAUGGGUAGCAGAGAUGGGUUCAGCGUUGCGGAGAUGAUGCGGUGGGUUGAUUUGUGA